AUGAAUACAGUGCUGCCAUUGACUAGUGCAAUACCAUUGUACGACAUGGCCGUCUUCAUGAUAAACAUCUGUAAAUUUAAUGGCUGUGGCAUAACAUUUCCAAGAUUAGCAGACUUAAUUGAACACAUCGAAGAUGUCCAUAUCGAUUAUGAUCCAGCUGUAAUAGAACAGAAAGAAGCUUCACAACCAGCAUGUAUCCCGCUAAGUUAUGUCCUAAAGUUUAUCUCGGAGGCUUCGAAGCGGGAAAACCAGAACGCAGCGCCUGCUCCCGAUGUCCGCCGCCGCCUCCUGUCUGCACCCAAGACUCCUUCAGUCCGCAGCAGCACGCCCACUGGAAGCGAGAUGGAUGAGGAUGAGCUGGUUAGUCCAUCUGAAGACAGCAAUGACUCGUGGACGACGGCCGAAGAGUACAGCUCAGAGUUCAUACUGCGCUAUGGCGUCAAGAUGAACGCUAGCGCGUCGUCCGGGGCUCUGGGUCCCGCCGCACAGGAGAAACCAUUUGCCUGUCCGGUGCCCGGAUGCAAGAAGAGAUAUAAGAACGUGAACGGAAUCAAGUAUCAUUCCAAGAAUGGACAUAAAAAGGAUGGCAAGGUAAAAAAGGGCUACAGAUGCCCAUGCGGCAAAAGCUACAAAACGGCGCAAGGGCUUAAGAGUCACUCGAUCACACAGCACAUCGCGUCGACAUCAGAACACAAGUUGCACGCGGCUAAAAUGACGGGGCUCGUGGUGACCAGCUCGCCGGCUCAGUCGAGGACCCUGAACCUGUUAGAUGCAGUGGACGGGAACAAGCUGGUGCGUAUCUAUGACUCGCUGAAGGGGUCGCUGCCCAAGCACGCGGCAGUGAGCGUGGCGCCGGGGCCCGCCGUGCUGGCGCCGAGCGCGGCGCUGCUGGGCGCGGACAAGCUGCGCCUGGAGCGCGCGCCCAAGGCGCCGGCCGCGCACUCGGCGCACCUCGCCUCGCUGUACGGAGCCGACGCGCCCCACUGA